UAGGAAGUUGCAUUGGCUUUGGGUAAAACCUUCAGUAACACGUAUAGUAGCCUUUUCAUCCUCAGUUCGGCUGAAGUCAGUAAGAACAGUAUGCUUUUGCUUCUCUGUACGUGUCAGCUUUCUUUUUCAUUGAUGCUAUUUAUUCCCCCCCUCUCUCUCUCUCUCACGAGGUCUGAGAGGAGAGUGAGCUCAUUCUAUGCCAGCGAAGAGGAGGGAAAGAAGUCGAAGCUUUCUUGGAAAGGCGAGGAAGAGAUCUGAUCACUGAGCUGGGUUGUAUUAGACUUUGAUGAAGGCAUAUUAUGCUCUUUUAUGACUUCGCUGAGGAGAAAAUUUGAUGCUUGAUUUGACGACAAUGGCGAGCUCGGAGAAGAAGAAGCACUGGUGGGUGAGCAACAGGAAGCUCGUCGGCAAGUACCUUCGUGAAGCACGAGAUCUGGUCGCGACGCGGGAACACUCCAACGUCUUCAACGCCGUCGGCCUCCUCGAUGCCGCCCUCGCUCUCUCGCCACGCCACGAGGCCGCGCUGGAGCUCAAAGCGCGCUCUCUUCUCUUCCUCCGCCGCUUCCGGGAGGUCGCCGACAUGCUCCAAGACUAUAUACCGAGCUGCGCCAAGGUGGGAACCGGCGAGGGCGACUCCUCCACCUCCGUUGGCUCCGCCGCCUCCGCUCCUCUAAAUGAGGAGCGAUUCUUUCCACGCCGUGAGAAAUCCGUCAGCGCUUGCUCCUUCCGCUGCUUCUCCAUCGCCGACCUCAAGCGCAAGGUCUUGGCCGGACUCUCUAGUAUUCCCGGCGAUGGACAUUGGAGGUACUUAGUACUUGGCCAUGCUUGCAGCCGCCUCGGGCUAAUGGAAGACGCUCUGGUCCUCCUCCAAACCGGCCGCCGUCUCGCGGCCGCCGCCUCUCGACGCCGUUCAGUCUCCUCCUCCGGGGACAGCUUCAUAUCCUUUUCUGACACUGUAGGUAGUAGCGGCGCGGCAACAGAGUCGGAAUCCGCCUCCCAACUCAUUUCUCACAUCAAGCUCCUCCUCCGCCGGACCUCGGCCGCCGCCGCAGCGCUUGAGGUCGGUGCCGCCUCCGAAGCCGUCCGCCACUUCUCCAAGGUCCUCGAUGGCCGAAGAGGAGUACCAGCCGCAUACGCCGCCGGCUGCUUCGUCGGACGCGCCUCCGCCCACCGCCUGGCUGGCCGCCUAGCGGAGGCUAUCGCCGAUUGCAAUCGCGCCCUCGCAGUGGAGCCUUCGUGCAUCACUGCCCUCCGCACCCGCGCAGACCUCCUCGAGGCCGUCGGCGCCAUCCUGGACUGCCUCCGCGACCUCGACCACCUGAAGCUCCUCUACGAUUCCAUACUUCGCGACGGCAAGCUCCCUGGUCCGUCUUGGAGGCCCCACCACGGCGUCCGGUACCGUGACGUGGCGACAGAGCACCGGGCGUUGACCGCUCGGGUGCAACAGCUAAAGAACCAAGUGGCGGCCACCGGAGGGAUCGUCGACGUGGACUACUACGCCUUGAUGGGAGUCCGCCGUGGGUGCACUAAGUCGGAGUUGGAGCGGGCGAACUUGCUGUUGAUGCUGAGACACAAGCCGGAGAAGUCGGCGGCGUUCGUGGAACGGUUGGAGUUCGGCGACGACCACCGGGAUCCGGACAGCGCCAGGGAUCAGGCGAAGAUGUCGGCAACAAUACUGUAUCGGUUGCUGCAGAAAGGGUAUUCGAGGAUUACGGCGACGGUGAUGGAGCAGGAGGCGGCGGCGGCGGCGGUCGUGGAAAGGAAGCAAGUGAUCAGGGAGAAAAAUUCCAUGCCGAUAAAAUCUAAUUUCCUAUUGGAAACUACAACCUCGUCACCAACGGCGACUGCGUUGUUUCAGGGGAUGUUUUGUCGUGACAUAACGGCGGCAGGAAGCGUACUUCCGCACGGUGCAAUUCCGGUGAAAUAGAAGGCAUUAUGCCUUUUUGUCUGCUCAAUGUACAAAAUUUUGCUUAAUUAAUUAAAUUGAAGGUAGACUUUGUGACUGUGAAUGUAAAAUAUUUUUCUCCUCCUACAUUUUAUA